AUGAAUCACCGAGACUCUGUCGUGAAACCCACGUUUAUGGCGAGCUUGAUGGCCCAUGUUCGGGAGAGUGUCAUGUGCAUGACCGCCGACUCAGCUGGAGAUGAACUUCUCGCGAGUGAAAUGAUGCGCAACCAAUCGCGUGCUCAGACGGAAAGGGCACCCACGCCAAACCUAAAGUUCGUGCUGCGCGACUCAUCGCACGCCUCGCGGCGCAUCAUUUCGCGCCCCUGGAACGCAGGCGCAUACUUGAGAGAUGUAGCGCUGAUGAUGGCACAAGGCCGCAGUUCGGUGGCCAAGCUCGUCCAGAACAGCACCGAGACAUCGCGUCUGUUCGCUGGGUAUGUCAAGUCUUCACAGAGCUCCGUGGUUACAUCCGCGAUAAGGAACACGCGAGCCGCGUCGCAUCGUUUUGAAUCUUGGCAAACACCUCUUGGCCGCACUGCUCUCUUCAAGCAUGCGAGCAUCGAGACAGCGAUGUGCGUGGCCAACCGCCCGGCCAAGGAUGAGAACACCGACAAGGCCAAAGCGUGGCUUGCAUGGGUGGACAGCGAACGAUGUUUAAUGCUUGCGAUGAUGGCAGACGUGGCUGACGAAGGGAUGUGCUUGACGAGACUGCUUGAUAAUGAAGACGUUGACACCGCCAGUCUCAAUUCAGAAGCGCCCCUGUUCAUCAGAAAGGUCGAGGCAAUGUUUGGUGAGAGCGAGCGGUGCUCAACUAUUUUCGGUGACACUUCGGUCAUGAUGAACCUCCUCAACCAGUACGUGGUUUGGCACGUCAACGACGACUCUCGGAGCAUAGGUUUCGAGCGCGGUGUCCCUGGCGACAUUGUCAAGAGGCGCAUGGAGAGGAUGAGGUCUUACGUGGUCCUGGCGCGCGCAGCGCUGGCAGCUGAGUCUCCAAGUUUCGAGAUGAGCCAGGCCGCGGACAUCAAUCCAACUAGGCUGCAGGUUCAGUGGGAACAUGGGUUCCCGAGGGCUCGCCAACAACAGCAGAGAGGUUUGUCGAAUAAGGAAGCUUGGAGAUAUGUGAUACAGAAACUAGGGCAGCAGAGACUAGCGCUGCGGCACAACAUCGACGAUCUGAAAUCAGCUUUGGUUGCAUAUGUGGCCUUUGGAAUCAGCACGUCGGGGGUGGGGCAGAAGUUUAGCCUGGCUGCGCUCAAGUUUAACUGUCGCCAACUCUCCUCAGACGCGUGCAGCGAGGACAUGUUUCUCAAGAUCGCUCUGGACUUGCCCAAUCGUGACCUCAACAAAGUCAUUGACAGUGCCCGGCGGAUUUGGCGCGAGACCUGCGGGCGUCCUGUAGUGAGGAAGUUUCCGCGCAUCGACAAAGGGGUUAAGAGACCACGAACAGUGAUGAAGGAAGGCGAAGCCGAAUUCAUUCGUCAGCGCCGCAAGGCUGCGAGGCUCGCUGUUUCGGAUACAGUGGCUGGCGAUUCGACCGGGGAGGUCGGACCAGGCUCGAACUGGGGCGCCACGCACCGGAAGGAGCUCGACUUCUUGAAGAACAAGCAAAAUACCAAGCGGUGCAUUGCAUACUCGGAGAACGUCCUCCUACCACAGGAAGUGGCGCAUGCUGUUUGCGAAGACGCAGCCGCCAAACACAAGAAGCAACUUGCUGAUCAAUUGGCCAGGUCGCGCAAGACCGAGCGCGCGCGAUUGGCCGCGCUGGGCACGCCAACGGCCAAGCUCCUAGAAGCUAUCAGGGGGAAGGCUGUUUUCGUGGAUAUACCUUGCAGGUCGCCAGAGGUGGCGGCCGCACUCAUCGCGCAUCGCCUGCAAUCAGCGCGGAUGCACGAGGCUGAAGUUUUUGUUGCACAGACACCAGGGCGCGCUGACCCGUUCAUUACCGCUGCAACGGCGUUCAAAGGGGGAUAUGAAGUUACCCCCGCGCUUUUAAUUUCAAGCCGUUUUGGCGCUGGGGUCAAAAUGCUGCCAACGUACCAUUUGAAGAAAGUAACGUUUGUGAGCGCCGAGUUCAGAGACACGCGACGUACGUUCUGCGAGUUUGUACAGCACUUAAUCAGGCACACCCCAGGCUGCAAAUGGAGGCUUGGCGGGUUUAACUGGCCAGCGUUGAAGAAGGCGCACGCGCCCGGCAACCUCUUCGCACUAGUCUCGCCGCCAGAGGUGGCACAACCUGCCUUUUAUAACCAUCGGAACACAUUCACGGUCGAUUCGUUCUUGACGAGAAUCAGGUGCGUUUGCACGUCCACUUCUGAAUCGGGCUUGCGGUGA